UGGAAAAGAGAAACUUUCGUGCCUUUUCUCCCCCAGCCUUAGGGAUGGGUGGAUUGUAAAUACAGCGUGUGCAUCUGGGAGAAUAGACUGAACCAUGAAUCUUCAGGCUCAUCAAAAGUCAUCAAGCAAAAAGACUGGGAAACGAGUUGCCUACUUUAAUGAUCAGGAAAUAGCUGUGUCGUCAAAAGAACCACAGCAGCAGCUUAAGGAAGGACAGUACUAUGGUCACGGAGGGAAUAUACCAGUUUCCCAAACUAUGGAGAUGUCUCACACAGGAGGAUUAACAAGUGCACCCAACAACGUUGCUUUGAUGAACUCUGUUUACAAUCAAGAUAGGGGAGAAUCAAUGAUGAUGCCUCAGUCAGUAACAGCUGUCAAAUGGCAGAAUUCACUAAUGGGAAACCGGUUGCCAGAGAGGGGUGAUAGCCACUGGCAGUCUCCACCUUCAGUGUGGAACCAUAAUAUGGUUUUUGGGGGCAACCCAAAAGGACCCCACUCCAAUGCUGGUGCCCCAGGCUUCUAUGGCCACCCAGAAGCCCUUAAAAGAAAUCAAGAGAAAGGAGUGUUUGUGUCACAGCUGGACUUAUAUGGAGAUGCUGUCCAGCAGAUGAUGUCCCAAAAGGCUCAGCUAGAACAGCAAGCCCUGGUUAGACAGCAAGCUCAAAUGAAUUCUUUUCAUCAAAUGCAGAAACAGCAGCAGCAGAAUCAAAGUCUGCCAUUGCAGCCUUUCCAACUUGCAUUUGGUCACCAAGGCCAAAAGCAAGGUCUUCCUGAAUUGUUACAUGUCUUUCAAGAAGCCCCAGCCUCUUCCAGUCCAGCAUUUACUGCUCAACAAAAACAGCAAGCUCUUCCCCAGCUACAGCUGUUUGAAAAUUUCUAUCCUCAGCAGCAGCAGCAACAGGCUGCCACGCAAGCCUUUGGUCUGCAGCAAACUACUUCCAUAGCACAGCCACAUGUGGCAGCUGCAGCCCCUCAGCAUCACAUGAUGGCACACCAGUUACAGCAAACAGAGAGGAACCAGGAACUAUUCAAGGCAUUAACAGAGCAGAACCAACAGACUGUGCUACCUCAGACCCAGAUUCCCUUUCCAAGAAGGUCAAGAAGACUCUCCAAAGAAGGUGUCCUGCUGACAUCUGCAGAAGUGUUGACUUCCAAGCAGGCAGAAGAACAACAUAGCAAUUUAUUUCUGCAUCACUGGCAAACACAUCAGCAAGAGGUCCCAUUACAGCAGCCACCUGAAUCACUGGUCCACAACAAAAGUAGCUAUUCACACCAUGAUGGGCAGAAGGAUGUCCUGGUCAAUAGUGAGCAGUGCCAGAUGGAAACAGACAGGCAAACCACAGCCCAUAAUGGUAGAGAUGAGGAGAAACAGGCAGCAGCAGCUGAAGAAAACACUCAGACAACUAACGAUUUUCAGGGUGUCAGAGGUGGUGUAAUUCAGAGUACCCGCCGGAGACUGCGUGGUUCUCAAGAAGCCAAUUUGCUGACUUUGGCCCAAAAAGCUGUUGAGCUGGCUUCUCUUCAGAAUGUGAAGGAAAUGGAUACUUCAGAGGAGAAGAAGAGUGUGCUGAUAGCAGCUCCAGGAACUACACCUGCAAAAAGUGUUGUGGAAUUCGCCAGUUCUUCACCAGCUCCCAAAAAAGCACGGGAGGAUAACAGCCUCGUGCCUCUUAUCAUUCCUGUGUCUGUGCCAGUGAGAAAAAUUGACUUUCAGAGCCUUGAAAAGGAAAAGUCUGAUGAUGGAAAGCUCCUGAGAGGCCAAACAAACGAUCGAGCUCCUUGUGAAUGCAAGCCUUCUGUGAUAGUCACUCGAAGGCGAUCUAAUCGUAGUUCUAACCUGGAAACCUCAAAUCAGCAUGAAGAUGCUGUUCCAAAGGAUGAAGCAGAGGGCCUUGCCCGAAAACCAAAGCAGCGGCCAAGACCCGAGCCACUCUUCAUACCACCAAAAGCUGGCACCUUUAUUGCACCACCCGUUUAUUCUAACAUUACUCCAUAUCAGAGCCACCUACGGUCACCUGUCCGUCUGGCAGAUCAUCCCUCGGAUAGGAACUUUGAGCUACCUCCUUACACUCCUCCACCAAUUCUUAGUCCAGUGAGGGAAGGAUCUGGGCUGUAUUUUAACGCUAUCCUGUCUUCAAGUGGUCAUUCGGUUCCACCUCCAGUGACUCCAAAAAGUGCUCACAGAACUCUGCUUAGAUCAAAUAGUUCAGAAGUUACCCCUCCAGUUCUUACAGUAGUGGGGGAAGCCACUCCAGUUAGCAUUGAACCUCGAAUAAAUGUAGGUUCUCGCUUUCAAGCAGAAAUCCCAUCGCUCCAAGACAGAUCUCUGGCAGAAGUUGAUGAACAUAAAGCUGAGCUGGUGUGGCAGCCGUGGGGUGACCUGGAAACCAAUAAAGUCACCCAGGAGAAUGUGGAAAACCUGCUAGCUGCUGCCUGUUCAAGCAUUUUUCCUGGGGGUGGAACCAACCAGGAGCUGGCAUUGCAUUUCUUACAUGAAGCAAAGGGAAGCAUUCUGGAUGCUUUGACCAAGCUGCUGUUGAAGAGACCAGUGCGACCACCCACCCACCCUUUGGCAGAUUAUCACUACACAGGAUCAGACAAGUGGAAAGUUGCAGAAAAAAAGCUAUUCAACAAAGGCAUUGCAAUCUACAAGAAAGACUUUUUCUUGGUCCAAAAGCUU